UUCGUUUUCAGGGAACUUGGGCAGGAAGCUUAGCUCUUCUACAGACAACUGGUUUACACUUAUGUUCAAUGUGCUGAAUUUAAGUUUCAUUUUCCGGGAACUUGAGCAAGAGGUGUUACUGGUAGGUCUGGUUUGGAAUGUAGAAUGUCCUGUACAUGUAAGCUAAUACCUGUUGCCAUAGCUUGAGUAAUUCAUUUCGUCGAAACCUGAACAAGCUGAACUUUAAUGCGUUUGGAAGUUCGAAAGGAAAAGUUCUAUCAGACAUUAAACAUAAGCUUAAGCAAAACAGCUAGAAGAAGAAGCAGAAGAAUCAACACCGGCCAAACAUGAGGCUUGUGUUGCUGGGGAAGAAUGAACUGGACAAUGGCCGAGUGGGAAACCUCAUCCUUGGAAGAGAUGCAUUUCAGACUAACCUUGAGGUUUCUGAAGAACUUGUAAGUAAGAGAAUCAUGGGACAGGUGGCGGGAAGACCCAUCACAGUCAUUAACACUCCUGACCUGUUUCAUCCCCAACACACACAACAUGAGCUCUCGGUGGCAGUGAAAGAGUGUGUGGCCCUGUCUGCUCCAGAGCCUCGUGUAUUUCUACUGGUGCUGCAGCAUGACAGCUUCUCAGAGGAGGACAGACACAAAGUGAAAGCCAUACUGAACUUGUUCAGCGAUGAGGCCAUGAACUAUACCAUUGUAAUCACUACUACUGUUAGAAGUGCGCGGCAUAUCUCUACAGCUUAUGCUGUUGAAAAAGAAGACCCUUUAGGCCUGAUCAUACAGGAGUGUAAUAUGAGGCAUCACAUAUUUGAUGUGGUUAACAGAUUUGACAAGAGUCAGGUUCUUAAUCUCUUUAAGAAGAUAGACUUGAUGAUGGAGAAGAAUGAGACAAGACAUCUCACCUGUGAGGAAAUUGGGGUGAUACCAGGGGGCUCAUUACUUCCAAAGACCAAACAGAAAGCAAAAAGAGGAAGAGAGAGUGAUUCUCACAAAGACAAAAAAUGGAAGAAGAAGAGAACUGAGAUUAACGAGAUUUCAGCCAUACAGCAAGCACAAGAAGUCAUGGCACAGGUUCAACACAGACUUGAGAAGAAAAUCAAAAACCAUGCCAAGACCAACAAAGAAUUUAUGAACUUCAUCAGGGACAAUAUGGCAUAUGACAAUAUACAGAAAACCACUAUUGGUGUGUUUGGAAAGACAGGAGAUGGUAAAAGCUCCCUGAUAAAUGCCAUCCUAGAUGAGGAGGAGCUGUUACCGACAGGGACACUCGAUGCCUGUACAUCAGUCAUCAUACAAGUGGAGGCUGGGGCUGAGAAAGACCAGUACACAGCAACUAUUGAAUUCAUCUCAAAAGAGGCCUGGGAAAAUGAGCUAAAGAGCCUUCUAGAUUUUGUAGCAGAACGAAAGGAGAGGGAUGAAACCAUCUGCAAAAUGGCAGAAGACAAAAUCAAAGCACUGUAUGGAAAGAAUGCAACUGGAAAAAGCUUUGAUGAACUCAUGAAGGACGAUCGUUCACCAGUUAUUGCAGCCAUGCUCAGGUCAAAUACUAAAACCAUCUCAAGGUUUCAGGCCUCAGAUCUCUCUGAAGCAAUCAUGCCUUAUAUUCAACAUCAAGAGUCUGAUCUUGGGGGACUCUAUUGGCCAGUAGUGAAGACUGUGAGAAUCAAAGUGCCAGAUCACAAAGGGCUUCUACAGAACAUCGUGCUAGUUGAUCUCCCUGGAAAUGGAGACUGUAAUCAGACCAGAGACGAGAUGUGGAAAUCAACUGAACAAUGAAGAUCUACAAAUCACAGCAGGCA